AUGUCAGAGUCGAGGUCGAUACUGCGACCUCAAUUUGAGUUCCCCAAGAUCCACUCAUUCCCACCAUUUUAUACCAAACAGCCCAACCAAACCAUACAACAACAACAAUUGGAAUCAUGGGCCAAUAUAAUACUACAAUAUUGUGAGUUUUACAAAAUAACAUCGCUAACCAGCGAGGGUCUUCCCAAACACUCGCAAACAUCCAAGACCUCGUUGCCUCUGCUAUUUCAAAACAAAUCCAUCAAUCGUCAUGUCAAUGCUGAUUUCAGGUCUACAAUUCUAGCUCAUCUAAUCCACACGAAGCAGGCAGAAUAUAUCAAUCAUAAAAAACCGGAAUUAGGGAUGUUCAUAUAUUGGAGAAGCAUAGUUGACUGGGGGAAUAUUCUCUACGAUUAUAUAUCGAACACGGGACAAAAAGGAACGGUUUUCACUCUUUAUGAAUUGACCAGACAGGGUCGAGGAGAGAACAAUAAUGAUGACGAUGAUGAUGAUGCUGCUGCUGCUUACCUUGACACUGAUAAUGAGAGUCUUUUGCCUGAAGAAUUACAGAAUAUGGAUGAGUUGUUAUUGAUUAAGGUGAUUCAGGAACAUCUCAUGAAACAAGGCAAGGCGCAGAUUUUAAUGAAUGAACAUAAUCAGAUAGGAGGUGUCAAAAUUGUAUGA